AUGUUCAUCAUCAGACCACCACCUCUAAGGCUCCAACAUGAAAUUUGUGGCUCUAGCUCUGACCCUGCUGUUGGCUUUGGGCUGCCAUGCCCGCACCCUGCAGGCCGAUGCUCCCACCCAGCUGGAGCACUACAAGGCAGUUGCCAUGGUCUACCUGGACCAGGUGAAGGACCAGGCCUACAAAGCCCUGGAGCACCUGGAGGGAACCGAAUAUGAGCAGUACAAAAUGAAGCUGACUGAGAGCCUAGACAACUUGCAGAAGUACACAGAUUCCGCCGCCCUGAAACCCAUUGCCGCCCAGCUGACUCAGGGAACCCAGGUUGCACGCGAGUUCAUCCUGAAAGAACUUGAUGACCUGCACAAAAAAGUAGAGCCACACCGUGCUGAGCUGCGCCAGUCCAUCCAGAAACACCUGGACCAGUAUAAAGAUCGUCUCAUCCCCAUCUUCCGUGAUUACCUGGCUGAUAACCAGAAGGAGCUCGAUGGUCUUCGUCAGAAGCUCCAGCCAGCCUUCGAGGACCUCAAAGCCAAGCUGGAGAUCAACUUUGAGGAGACCAAGACCAAGAUUUCCCCCAUUGUUGAGACUGUGCGUGGAAAGCUCACAGAAAGGCUGCAGGACCUGAAGGACCUGGCCAGCCCUGUGGCUGAGGAGUACAAGGAGCACAUGCUGAAGGCUGUUGAGGAUGUCAAGAGCCAGCUUGCACCCCACACCACCCAGCUCCAAGGUCAAAUUGAGCCCUACAUGGAGACCCUGAGGGCCAAGUUCACGUCCAUCUACGACACUAUCACUCAGGCCUUGAACGCCUAAAUAUGGCUUCUGCCAGGACUUGUAUUUUCUAAAUCACACAUUCACGUAAUCACCUUUAAGAUUGUGUGUUGACCUAAACGUUCAUGUUUAUGGGAUGAUGCAAAAUAAAAUAUAUAUAAUAAUAAAAUGCUGUAAGUCUUUGUGCCGAUCUGUAAGUGGGAGCAGUUUUGGAGCUUUUUUUUUUUAUUAUUACUUUUUAAAAGAAUAGUGAUUCUCUAAAGAUUAUUUACAUAGCAAUAAAAGUCAUCAGUGUAAAAAAUAUAAACACAUAUAGUCACACACGCUGCUUAAAACAGGUUUCUGAAACUUUGGGUAAUGAAUUUUCAUUGUGAAACAC